AUGCUCUGUAGGGUGCGGCGACAGUGGCAGCAGCAGCAGCAGCAGCAGCAGCAGCAGCAGCAGCAGCAGCACCCCAAGACGAUGGCGACCCCCUGCACACUCCCGACCGACAGCAGCCACACUGGACGCAGCAGCAGCAACAGCAGCAACAGCAGCAGCAGCAGCAGCAGCAACUGCAGCAGCAGCAGCAGCAGCAGGUGGGCUUGCGUCUGCGGCGCCUGCUGCUGGUCCCCGGCCCCCUCCUCCUGUGCCUCCUUCCUGCGGCAGCGGCUCAGCUGCUGCAGCGCAGCAGCAAAGGUCCGCCGCCUCCAGCUGCUGCUGCUGCCUCUGCUGAAGCGAUAUCAGCAACUGCAGCAGCAGCAGCAGCAGCAGCAGCAGCAGCAGCAGCAGCAGCAGCAACAGCAGCAACAGAUUGAGGAGUUUAGAGCGACGAUCCGAUCAGUGGUGGGACUCUGUACAGAGAGCUAG